GCAGGGGAAGAACUCAGUCUUUAUGGAAAUGGUACAAGUGUUAGACAGACUACCUCACAGGGUGGUAUGGAAUAUACCAAAAUUCAAGGACUUGACUGUGCAACACAUUGAUGGGGUAAUGGAGAGGGUUAAGAAAUCAAUGGAGAAAGAUAUUCAAGAAAAGGUAGACACAUCAAACAAGACAAGGGAUGUGCUCAGAGAUAGAAGAGAGUAUGACAAGAAGACAAAAAAAAUGGUUGUAAAGACCCUGGCCUUUAGACACUACUUGAGGAUACCAAUAGGUGAACAUAGAAGAUCCUUGAUUGAUAUGGUAACAAGCAACCACAAAUUAGCAGUGGAGAGAUUAAGGUGGGCAGAGAGGAACAAACCAAUGGUGCAGCAUGAUAAAAGACUGUGUAGAUUGUGUAGAGAAAAAGUGGAAGAUGGGGCACAUGUUUUGUUUGAAUGCAGCAACAGCUGCAAGGUCAUACAGCUGAGGAAAGCCUUUAUGCAAAGGCUCUUUAGGGAGUUACUGGCAGAUAAGAGGGUCGUGGGGUUGCUGGCAAAGUAUGUGCAUGAGGUGGUGUUGGAAGUAUUCUAUGCAGUUGAAAUAUAUCGGUUGGAGUGACACACUGCAUGCAUAUUGAGGCAGGGAAGACCGU